ACAUGAGAUAUCGGUCUCAUAGUCUUUCUUUAUAUGCUUCGUCCACCUGACCACACGUCAGUCAAUUCUACCGGGGUAAUCAGCAAGGUCACGCAUCCUUACGCAAACCCCACUAGCAUACCCAUGCAAAAGCUCGCAACUGGAUUCACGCCCGCACACUAGUACACUGUAUUGAGGCUUGACCGUUGAUGUUGCACAAGAUCAACGUGGAGCCAUCGAGAUUAGCCAUCAAUUUAUCCGCCACGAGAGCUGUCCGAUAACGACCAUUCAGCACGCCCUCCUGUUACCCGAGACCAGGUCUCUUAGUGGUUCCUAGGGGGGCUGGCAGGGCUUAAAUUAAGUGCAUAUGUAGGGACCUUCAUAAGGCAUUUGCUGGGAAUGAUCUGAACGGUCAAGGGACAUACAAAGAGCUAGCCCUGCGCUUACUGCUUCGCCCUUUUGUUCUCUCAACCCUCCACCUCAAACUUCGACGCCGAGAAAGUGAUCAUCAAAAUGGCUCCUGUCGGUGGCGCGUCUGGAUUCGAGGCAGCCGCUUUGGCUCGCCGAAAAGCCCUUUCUGGCGCAUCGGGACCUAUGGCUUUACUCAAGAAUCUGAGGGUUUUUGGUAUCGCGUGUUUCGCAUGCUUGGGUGGGCUUUUGUAUGGCUACAAUCAGGGUGUCUUCUCUGGUGUUCUUACCAUGACUUCCUUUAAAGAGCACAUGGGCGACUAUAUCAAGGACCCAGAAACUCUUGAAUGGAACUCGUCCAAGCAAGGCUGGCUCGUCGCUAUCCUCGAAUUGGGCGCCUGGUUCGGAACCAUGUACUCUGGAUUUCUCGCCGAGAUCCUUUCCCGAAAAUACGCCAUCCUCGUUAACGUCGGCAUCUUUAUCAUCGGCGUCAUUGUACAGUGCACUGCGGUUGUAGGAGUUGGCCACAAUGCAAUCCUCGGCGGUCGAUUCGUCACUGGUAUGGGAGUCGGUUCUCUCUCCAUGAUCGUCCCCAUGUACAACGCCGAGAUCGCUCCACCAGAAGUCCGCGGCGCGCUUGUCGGUCUACAACAGCUAUCAAUUACACUCGGCAUCAUGAUCAGUUUUUGGAUCGACUACGGCACAAACUUCAUUGGCGGCACAGGUCGCUCGCAAAAGGAAGCGGCAUGGCUUGUACCGCUGUCUCUGCAACUCGCCCCCGCGCUUCUCCUCGGCGUCGGUAUGAUCUUCAUGCCAUUUUCUCCACGUUGGCUCGUCCACCAUGAUCGAGAACUAGAUGCGCUCCGUGUGUUAGCUCGGUUGAGAAAUCUCCCGCAAGAGCACGAGUUGAUUGAACUUGAGUUCGCAGAGAUCAAGGCGCAGUCUCUCUUCGAGAAGAAGUCGCUCCGCGAGAACUUCCCGCAUUUACAAGAUAUGAGCGCUUGGUCAACUUUCAAGCUUCAGUUUGUUGCUAUUGGUAGCUUAUUUACCACGAGAGGCAUGUUCAAGCGCGUCAUCAUUGCGACCCUGACAAUGUUUUUCCAGCAGUGGACGGGAAUUAACGCAAUUCUGUACUAUGCGCCAACGAUUUUCAAGGGACUAGGUCUGUCGUCGACUUCGGUCAGCUUAUUGGCGACGGGUGUAGUCGGUAUCGUAAUGUUCAUCGCAACAAUCCCCGCAGUCAUGUAUGUGGAUAGCUGGGGCAGAAAGCCGACACUUAUUGUUGGCGCGAUUGGUAUGGCGCUAUGCCAUAUCAUUGUCGUAAGUCGAGCUGCUAUUGUCGGCAGUUUCUCCGACGACUGGGAGAACCACCGAGGCGCAGGUUGGGCCGCAGUUGUCAUGGUCUGGUUGUUUGUCAUUCACUUUGGUUACUCUUGGGGUCCUUGCGCCUGGAUUGUCAUCGCUGAGAUCUGGCCAUUGUCUAAUCGUCCGUAUGGCAUUGCUCUUGGAGCUUCAUCUAACUGGAUGAACAACUUCAUCGUUGGUCAGGUUACCCCAGACAUGCUUGAGCACAUGAAAUACGGCACCUACAUAUUUUUCGGCCUAUUGACCUUUCUUGGCGCAGCAUUUAUAUACUUCUACUUCCCCGAGACCAAAGGCCUGUCGCUCGAAGAGAUGGAUGUCUUAUUCGGAUCGGUCGGGACUGCAGAGCGUGAAAAGGAGCGCUGGCGGGAAGUGCAUGCCGAAGUCGGCCUCGCAGAGCUUCUUGCGAGGGCUGGCGUGUAUCAUGACAGUGGUGAGCAUGUUAGUGAAAUAGAGAAGGACAAGCCAAUUGUUGCGGAGACGAAACACGAGGAGAGGAAGCCGGUGUUGUAAAAGAGAAGGAUGAAAGGAGAUUGCAGUGGGCGUAAGUGGUGGCUCUCGCAUUUGGGUGUGAACUAGCGGU